AUGAGGGACACAGAGCGAGCCCGGGAUUACCUGCACAAGACCGGACGCUUCAUUGUCAUUGGUGGCAUUGUCUCGCCUGUGCACGACUCCUAUGGGAAGACGGGUCUGGUCUCAAGCCGGCACCGCCUGACCAUGUGCCAACUGGCCGUCCAGUCCUCCGACUGGAUCAGGGUGGACCCCUGGGAGUGCUACCAGGACACCUGGCAGACCACCUGCAGUGUGCUGGAGCACCACCGCGACCUGAUGAAGAGAGUGACUGGCUGCAUCCUCUCCAAUGUCAACACGCCCUCCAUCACUCCUGUGAUCAGCCAGCCCCAGAACGAGUCCUCGCAGACCAUCUACCAGAACAACAAUAAUGUCUCCAACAAGCCCACUGCGGCAAAGAUCCUGGGGAAGGUGGGAGAAAGCCUGAGCCGGAUUUGCUGCGUUCGCCCACCCAUGGAGCGCUUCACCUUUGUGGAUGAAAACGCCAACUUGGGGACGGUGAUGAGAUACGAGGAGAUCGAGCUUCGCAUCUUACUGCUCUGUGGCAGCGACCUGCUGGAGUCCUUCUGCAUCCCUGGUCUCUGGAAUGAAGCAGACAUGGAGGUGAUCGUCGGGGAGUUUGGGAUCGUGGUGGUGCCCCGGGAUGGAGCAGACCCCGACCGGAUCAUGAACCACUCCUCCAUACUCCGCAAGUACAAAAACAACAUCCUGGUGGUGAAGGACGACUCAAACCACCCCAUGUCAGUCGUCAGCUCCACCAAAAGCAGACUGGCCCUGCAGCAUGGAGACGGACACGUUGUGGAUUACCUCUGCCAGCCUGUCAUUGACUACAUCCUCAAGAGCCAGCUCUACAUCAACGCCUCCGGCUAAGUGCCAGAGGUCUUGCAGCGAGACAGCCCUCGUGUCCCGCCUGCCUACAGCUCUCCAUCACUCUUUUCUCUCUCUCUCAGUCCGUGUCUCCAUCUGUCUCCCCACCCCAUGGCCUCCUGCUCGUGUCUGCCUCUCUCGCCCGGCGCCAAUGCUCCAUUGUGCAGCAAUGUCCAGGGAA